CAUGUAUUUACAAUAGUAUUAAUAUCAAAAUACUUUGUGUUCAAAAUGAUUAAGGCAAUCGUAAUAUUAUUAUUUGUAUGUCAGUGUCGUUCUCAACAAUCCAUUCAUAACUUAUUCAAACCAAUAUCUCCAUUGCCAUCACUGAAACCUUUAUCAUUGUCUGUACCACAACCAGCAGCUAUUGUUAAAGAAGUGGUUGAACCAGAGGCACAUGUGGUGUAUUCACAAGAAAUACUUCCCGUUCAGAAUGGAGAACCACAACAGAUUGGUCUUCAAGCUCGAGCUGGUCCUCAAGUAAUUCAAUUGAAAGCAGACGAUGUUCCCAUUGUAGUCCACUUCCAGACUUCAUCAGCACCUGUUCAGGUCCAACAAUCACACCUUCCAUCUCAACCUGAAGAAGUGACUAUCACUCGUUCAGAGGAACAGCCACACCGUGUCAUACAUGAAGUGAUCCGACCGGUCAUUCAAGAGGUACGUGAAAUCAUUCAACCAUACCGUCGCGUUACUCAAGAAGUGCGACCGGUUGAAGAAGCUGUACAUACAAAUGUUGCCGCAGGCGCUGCACCCGCAUCUGCAGUAGAAGCAGAUCCAGUAUCGUCUGCUGUAUCCAUUCCUAAUCCUUUACAAAACUUACAACCUUUGGCACCGGCAUCUGUAACAGCACUGACUGACUCUUAUAUUCAACAGUUUAUUGAAAAACUCAGAGCCAGAACUCAACUUCCAGUCGGGACGGCCGACGCACCGGCAGUUAAUAUUGCUCCUGUUGUUAACCAACCUAUUGUCCAGACACUGACACAUAAACCAAUUCAAUCGACAUUGAAUUUAAACAGAGGUGCCGUACAAUUUAGCAGAAAAUAUCAUAAGUAA